AUGCUGCAGGGUAUUCCAAAGUAUGCUAAGUACAUCAAAGAUAUUGUUGCAAACAAGAGCCGUUUCACAGAGUAUGCCACGGUUGCACUUACUGAGGAGUGCACUUCUCGAAUUCAGAACAAGUUGCCCACAAAAUUGAAGGAUCCCGGAAGUUUCACUAUUGAGAUUUCUAUUGGGACACAGGUUGUUGCUCGAGCACUUUGUGACCUAGGUGCAAGUAUAAAUCUGAUGCCUUCGUCUAUCUUCCGGAAACUAGGGUUGGGAGUUCCCAGACCAACCACUAUAGUUUUUCAGCUGGUAGACAGAUCGUUAGCAAGACCCGAAGGAAUUAUUGAAGAUGUAUUGGUUCAAGUAGAGUCGUUGAUAAUUCCUGCUGACUUUGUGAUAUUGGAUUUCGAGCCAGACCCGGAAGUCCCAUUUAUUUUGGGGCGUCCGUUCUUUGCCACAGGGAGAACACUUAUUGAUGUAGCUGCUGGGCAGCUUACCAUGCGAGCAGGGGCGGAUGCACAGCCAACCGAGGGUGUUCACCCGAACACCCUCGGCAAAAAUUUACAGUGA